AUGGAGAUGGCUAUAAUGGAUUUGGUAAUGGCGGAAAUAAUUUUGGAGAUGGUGGAAGGUACAAUGAUUUUGGCAGUUAUAAUGAUGAAUCUUCAAAUUUUGGACCCACAAAAAGAGGAAACUUUGGAGACAGAAGCUCUAGUCUCCAUGGUGGUAGAGGCCAGUACUACAAAACCGAACCACAAAACCAAUAACAGUCUCAGAAGCAACAUUUAUUACCGAGAAAGGAUGCAGAUUAGAAUCUGCAAAGGGAAAAGGUGCACAGGUCGAGCCCAGGAGAAAUCGGGAGCAAAGCUUGCAGUUGUCCUCUCCUGGGAGAAUCCCACAAACAGCACUCGAUUCUCCCAGCAACAAUGUGUAACAACACCUGCGCCGAGCGGGGAGAACGAGGCCGAGAGUCGGCAGGGCCCCGACUCGGAGCGCGGAGGCGAGGCGGCUCGGCUCAACCUGUUGGACACUUGCGCCGUGUGCCACCAGAACAUACAGAGCCGGGCGCCCAAGCUGCUGCCCUGCCUGCACUCCUUCUGCCAGCGCUGUCUGCCCGCUCCCCAGCGCUACCUCAUGCUGCCCGCGCCCAUGCUGGGCUCGGCCGACACCCCGCCGCUGGUCCCCAGUCCCGGCUCGCCGAAUGCAAUUUUGUCUUUUCCAGUUGGGGUCAUUCGAUGUCCAGUUUGCAGCCAAGAAUGUGCCGAGAGACACAUAAUAGACAAUUUUUUUGUGAAAGAUACUACUGAGGUUCCCAGCAGUACAGUAGAAAAGUCUAAUCAGGUGUGUACAAGCUGUGAGGAUAAUGCUGAAGCUAAUGGGUUUUGUGUAGAGUGUGUUGAAUGGCUCUGCAAGACAUGCAUCAGAGCUCAUCAAAGGGUGAAGUUCACAAAAGACCACACUGUGAGACAGAAAGAAGAAGUAUCUCCAGAGGCAGUUGGUGUGACCAGUCAGCGACCCGUGUUUUGUCCUUUUCAUAAGAAGGAGCAGCUAAAGCUUUACUGUGAAACAUGUGACAAACUGACUUGUCGGGACUGCCAGUUAUUAGAACAUAAAGAGCAUAGAUAUCAAUUUAUAGAAGAAGCUUUUCAGAAUCAGAAAGUGAUCAUAGAUACACUAAUCACCAAACUGAUGGAAAAAACAAAAUACAUAAAAUUCACAGGAAAUCAGAUCCAAAACAGGAUAAUUGAAGUAAAUCAAAAUCAAAAGCAAGUGGAACAGGAUAUUAAAGUUGCUAUAUUUACAUUGAUGGUAGAAAUAAAUAAAAAAGGAAAAGCUCUACUGCAUCAGCUUGAGAACCUUGCAAAGGACCAUCGCAUGAAACUUAUGCAACAACAACAGGAAGUGGCUGGACUUUCUAAACAGUUGGAACAUGUAAUGCAUUUUUCGAAAUGGGCAGUUUCCAGUGGCAGCAGUACAGCAUUACUUUAUAGCAAGCGACUGAUUACAUACCGGUUACGGCACCUCCUUCGAGCAAGGUGCGAUGCUUCCCCAGUGACCAAUAAUACCAUCCAGUUUCACUGUGAUCCUAGUUUCUGGGCUCAAAAUAUUAUCAAUUUAGGUUCUUUAGUUAUUGAAGAUAAAGAAAGUCAACCACAAAUGCCUAAGCAGAAUCCUGUCGUGGAACAGAACUCACAGCCACAAGGUGGUUUAUCUUCAAACCAGUUAUCCAAGUUUCCAACACAGAUCAGCCUAGCUCAAUUACGACUCCAGCAUAUGCAGCAACAGGUAAUGGCUCAGAGGCAACAGGGGCAACGGAGGCCAGCACCUGUGGGUUUACCAAACCCUAGAAUGCAGGGGCCCAUCCAGCAGCCUUCCAUCUCUCAUCAGCAACCUCCUCCACGUUUGAUAAAUUUUCAAAAUCACAGCCCCAAACCCAAUGGACCAGUUGUUCCUCCUCCUCAUCAACAACUGAGAUAUCCACCAACCCAGAAUAUGCCACGACAAGCAGUAAAGCCCAACCCCCUACAGAUGGCUUUCUUGGCUCAACAAGCCAUAAAACAGUGGCAGAUCAGCAGUGGGCAGGCUCCCCCAUCAACUGCCAACAGCACGUCCUCCACUCCUUCUAGUCCCACCAUUACUAGUGCAGCAGGAUACGAUGGAAAGGCUUUUGGUUCGCCUAUGAUUGAUUUGAGCUCACCAGUGGGAGGUUCUUAUAAUCUUCCUUCUCUUCCAGAUAUUGACUGUUCAAGUACUAUUAUGCUGGAUAAUAUUGUGAGGAAAGAUACUGGUAUUGAUCAUGGCCAACCAAGACCACCCUCAAACAGAACUGUCCAGUCACCAAAUUCAUCAGUGCCAUCUCCAGGCCUUGCAGGACCAGUUACUAUGACUAGUGUACAUCCACCAAUACGUUCACCUAGUGCCUCCAGCGUUGGGAGCCGAGGAAGCUCUGGUUCUUCCAGCAAACCAGCAGGAGCUGAUUCUACGCACAAAGUCCCAGUGGUCAUGUUAGAGCCAAUCCGAAUAAAACAGGAAAACAGUGGACCACCUGAAAAUUACGAUUUUCCUGUUGUUAUAGUGAAACAAGAAUCAGAUGAAGAAUCUAGGCCUCAAAAUACCAACUACCCAAGAAGCAUACUCACCUCCCUGCUUUUAAACAGCAAUCAGAGCUCUGCUUCUGAGGAGUCUGUGCUAAGAUCAGAUGCCCCUGAUAGCACAGGAGAUCAGCCUGGACUUCACCAGGAAAAUUCCUCAAAUGGAAAAUCCGAGUGGCUGGAUGUCUCACAGAAGUCACCCCUUCAUGUCGGAGAGACAAGGAAAGAGGAUGACCCCAAUGAGGACUGGUGUGCAGUUUGUCAGAAUGGAGGGGAACUCCUAUGCUGUGAGAAGUGUCCCAAAGUAUUCCAUCUUUCUUGUCAUGUGCCCACAUUGGCAAAUUUUCCAAGUGGAGAGUGGAUUUGUACUUUCUGUCGAGAUUUAUCUAAACCAGAAGUUGAAUAUGAUUGUGAUGCUCCCAGUCACAACUCAGAAAAAAAGAAAACUGAUGGUAAAUUAACACCAAUAGAUAAAAGGAAGUGUGAACGCCUACUUUUAUUUCUUUACUGCCAUGAAAUGAGCCUGGCUUUUCAAGACCCAGUUCCUCUAACUGUGCCUGAUUAUUACAAAAUAAUUAAAAAUCCAAUGGACUUGUCGACUAUCAAGAAAAGACUACAAGAAGAUUGUUUCGUGUAUACAAAGCCUGAAGAUUUUGUAGCUGAUUUUAGAUUAAUCUUUCAAAACUGUGCUGAAUUCAAUGAGCCUGAUUCAGAAGUAGCCAAUGCUGGUAUAAAACUUGAAAGCUAUUUUGAAGAACUUCUAAAGAACCUUUAUCCAGAAAAAAGGUUUCCUAAACUAGAAUUCAGGAAUGAAUCAGAAGAUAAUAAAUUUAGUGAUGACUCAGAUGAUGACUUUGUACAGCCCCGGAAGAAACGACUCAAAAGCAUAGACGAACGCCAGUUGCUUAAAUAAGGAGCACCAUUGGCAUGUGAUGGUUUUUAGAUUUUUUUUGUUUUCAAAAAACAUUUUGUCGGUAAUUUAACAUCAUUACAAAGAAGAAUUUGUGACCACUCUGAUCUAUAAGUUUUGAUGUUUACUAGACUUUGAUUUUCUUAAUAACCUAUUUCUUUUAACCUUAUUAAGCAAAAAAAUAAAAAAUAAAAGAGAAGGGAGGGAGGAAGAAAGGAGAAAGGAAGAUAUAAAGACGCAUCAGCAACAAAAUAAAUAAGACAUUGUUCCCACUUCCUGGAUUUCAAAACUGUAAUCUGGAGCGUGAUAGCUACUGUAGAAAGGAAAUAGACUUUGUUUGAACUCUAAGUUGAAAAUUUAAUGUGGUUUGGAUGUGUGCAGUAAUCGAUUUUUAGAAAAUACCACUGCCCAUUAAUUAUGGCCCGACUGUGAGUUAGGUUUACUAUCCAUAAGAGCAGUUCUCCAUGAACAUGGAUGGUAAUAAGAGAUCUAUCCUAGGAUGCCUACUUGUGCAAUGAAAAAGUAGAUUAGAUACUAUUAAGAAGGCACCUAAUAGCAUAUCAUGUAAGAUGGAAACUUUUAAAGAAAAAGCAGGAAAGCAAAUGUUUGGUUUUUAUUUUUGUUUCUUGUCUAUAGAGGUGUUUGGUAUAGCAGAUUUUCGAGGCCAUUUUUUUCAUACAUUUCUAACUUCUUCCACUGAGGAAGUAAGUGAACACUUUUGGUUUUGCUCUAUGUCUGUGUGAGGUUUUGUUGUUUUAACUGUGCAGGUGAUCCUUUUGAUAACAAGACUCAUUGUUUGCUGUAUGGCUUUUAGUGGAACUACUCAAAAUAUGAAAUACAGCAGUGUGCGCCAUAUUUGAUGUGAGGAUUCUUUAAAAUAUACCCUGUUGGGCAUUAAAUGUUAAGUUCCCCCGAAAGGAACUAGUUUUUGUGGUUUUCAUCUGUCUUUAUAAUUUGGGAUGAAAAUGUAUUGUGGCAUUUGGGAGCAGGCAGUUAGAGGGAAUUAUAAUGAAAAUGUAAUUUUUUCUGAAGCAUCUGUUUCCUAUUUUUAAGAAACAGAACCUCAUAUUGAAUCUUUCAUCUGACAAUUCUGAAUUUCAUUUUCAUUCUUCUGAUAGAAAUACAGAAGACAUAUCUUCUGAGACGAAGCAUAUUCUUAAUGGGCCAGACCUAGCUAGUUUAAUUGACAUUUAUUUCUUUUGUUCAGUGUCAAAGGAAACUAGAUUAAGAUAGGAGAAAAUUGCUGUGCUAUUUGCUAAUCUAACAUUUGACAAAAUAUUUACACCUGAAAUUUUUUCGUUUUCCAGUUUAAACCUAUAUUUAUAAAACAUUAAUUAGCUGAGGGAAAUUUUUCUCUGUAGGCUCACAGAAUAAAAAUAUAGCUGACUUGAAAGAAGGUUAUCUUUGGAUGGUGCCAUGAAUUAAACCUAGAAGACUUGCAUUUAUCUAUAUGGCACUACUUUCUAAAUUAGUCAAUUUGAAAAUAAUCUGUGGCUAAUUUAUUGGAUUUUCAGAUAUUGCUAAAGAUAAAAUAUAAGAAAAUAACUUAGUAGCAGUAGCUUCUCACUUUCUACAUAGAGUUAUUUCUUAUCCAUAACAUGUCAGUUACAUAUUAAUGGUUAAAAAGUCUUAUUAAUCACUUUUCCGAAUAUGCAUUCAGGGUAAUUGUUGUUUGUGUUGUUUUGAAUACGCAUUUGACAUCCCUCCAAAGACCGAACAAAUUUUGGUAACCGUGCAUAUACCAUUUAAUUUUGUUUUGUUUUUUUUUGCUCCAGCAGCUGUGGGACUUUUACCGAUAAGUUUAUUGUUGGCAUCUUAGAUUACUGUUCUGAUAGUUUGUUCUUCCAUACUUACCUCCUGAGUUAAAACAGGGCAACACAGAUAAAUUUUGAAGAGGAUCAUAAAGGGAAGUAGCACUGAGGAGAGAGAAAAAUAAUUUCUGAGCCAGAAUUUCUAGUAAUGUAUCCCAAACUUUCCCUGUUAUAUUCAGUGCCAUAUUAAUCUUUUAAAACAGUAUUUCCGUUUCACCUUUACCAUUUUUUUUUUUUUUUUUGCUGAAUUAAAGGCAGUUGGGAACCAUCUUUCCUAUAAUCUUACAUAAUAUAAAUUAUAUUAAAAGUAUUUUUCUCUUCAAAUAGCCUUCAGCAAUGGUCUUUAAGAUUAAAGUCUUAUGACUUUAUUAAUAAGCGUCUAUGUGCUCAGGUGGAUCCCAGUAAGUAGCUCCUAAGUUCUAACAGACAUUAAGUAAUCCUGACUCUAUCCCAUGCUCAUUUAGAGAGUAUCCUCUCAAAAGUUCAGUGCAAUUCAAGCAGCCUUGACCUAAGCUUAACCCAAUGUUUAUCUCUGAUCAAAAACUCCAUGAGAUUUCCCUCUGGAUUUGUAACCAAGAGCCCAGUGUCAUAGCUAUAAGACACCCAAUACUGAAUGUGACCACAUGAUCACCCCUUUAGCUGGGGCUUAUGAAUGAGCAGAUGAUGUGGGAGCUAGGAUUUACUCAGUCCAGCUCAUCGAGAGCUUUCCCAGGUGCCAAGCAUCUGAUCUUCCUGGCAAUAAGGAAACCCAAGUACACAGUCAGUGACUUAUAUGGCUAUGACAAAUAUAAAUGGACUGAGAUACAGCAUAUUUAAAAUAUAUUUGUACAUCAGCAUCUAGCAAUGCAAUCAUUUCGUCCUUUGAAUUAGCAGGCCUUAUCUUUUCUCAGUGGAGGGGUAGGAAAUUGGAAGUUGCUAAAAGGAAAAUAUCUUCUUUUCCAAACUAAAGAAUAGGCUCCACAUUUUACUACCACACAGUAGUGUAGUUGUAACAUAAAAAUGCUUUCAGAAAGUUUCACUCCACAGUCAAAAAGGUGAGUAUACAGCUCAUUGCUCCAUUUAUUAAUUUGCAUGUCAAAGUCCUAUGAUGUUGCAAUGCUCCGACUUUUAAAUUUGGGUUCCAUGGAAAGACUAGUUAGACAACGAAAGGAGUUAUUCCUCCUUUUGCUGAGGCCUGAUCCACAAAUAAUGUGAAUCCCAAAAAUAAGUUACUUCAUGUGAACAAGAGGUUUUUAGGUUUAAAUAGAAGAUGUACUCAUUUUUCUGUUUAUCUGUAUUCGUUAUGAAAGAGAGAAAUCAAGUGAUCUGAUUAGCCAUUAAAAUAUGGGCAUGACCAUGCAUUCAACCAUCUAAUUUCUUACUGAAAUAGAGCCCUUUUAAAUAACCAUGUACAUAUUUCUUAAAGUAUUUUAUAACUUCAUGUAAAUUAAUAGUUGGUAUCUUUUUACAAACAUAUAUUGCCCCUUCAUUUUGGGUGUGAAUUUAUUGUCAUAAUUCACAUGCUGGUGGCUCAUGUACCUGAGUGGGAGUAAUGCUAGCCAAUUAGAUCACAGAUUUCUUUCUUCAUGAAAGGUUUGCUUAUUGUAAAGGACAUCUGAGACAGUAGUCUUUGUUUCUUUGUUUAAUUUUAGGGGGCUAAUUGGUGCUUUGGUUUUAAUAAAAAUUAGCUUCAAUGGA